AUGUAUCGCGCUGACGGCACGAAUGAGCCAGGGUCUUCCGACACUCACUCUGGUCUUCAAGAUACCAUCACCAUUGGCUCUGACAGCGACGAAUCUGACAUUUCUUCUUGUAUUCCUUCGUCUGAUACUUUUGAUAGAAGUGACCUUACUACCAGGAUCAAAGAGUUCAGUGAAAGAUGUCUCAAUAGCCUCCCUCUCAACUUCAUGACCGCCGAUUUCAAAAACUACAUCUUCUACAACUCAAACCAGCGCCUUGACGAAGCUAAAGCAAGUAGCGUCGACCUGGAUGACAUUGCUGUUGGGGAUGACUGUCUCCCAACUUGGUCUGGACGAUCUUGGGAUCCUACCAUGGAAUCUCUACACGGCAUCAUCCAGUCUCGCCUCGCCACGCAAGAUGAAGCUCAGCAAGCAGGAAAGUUGGCGCGUGACGAUAUCAUCUGGAAAACAGGCGUGAAGCUGUAUGAGGCCAGCGUCCAGGGUAUCCCACUGGAGGAUAUCUACAUCGGUUUGAAUCUGCUGCCUGUCUAG